AGCCUACUUGAGUGCGAAGAGAGAGAGAGAGAGAGAGAGAGAGAGGAAAGUCCGAGUGAAUCCUCCAUUGUUGUCGGUUGUAGGUGAGAAAAUAGCUGUGUUUAACAUUUCUCGCCAAUUGUCAACAUCUCCAUAUCCACACGGUUGAAAAGUCGCAUGCAUUUCCGUUUUCGAUUACUACUCUGCAAGAAGAAGGGGAGAGAGAGGUACAACACAGAUAGAGAGACCUACCGCCUCAGCCUCCUGACACGUGAAGCUCUUAAUUGCUUGCACCUGCAAAAACCAACACUACCCACAUCUUCCAAAACCUGUAUUUACCUCGCUUUCUGUCACUCUUGCUUCUCCUCCUCUACCUGUCUCUGUUUUUGCAGCUAAUGCUGUCUCAGAUUUUAUUCAAUAUCUCUAUUUAAUUCCCCAAUUCUUUCCCUUUACAAUACACCCUUUUCUCUAUUUAAUAAUACCCACCAUUCAAUUUUGCAUACUUCUCCACUUUCUUUAGCUUUUUCGCAUCUCUCUCAAUCCGCAGCCGUGAUUUAUAUUAGUGUAUUCCUCCAUGCACGGCUACAGCCGCCUCGGCAACGGCCGCUCCGUCGCUGCAACCACCACACCUUCUCCUCCCUCCUCCCCUCGUCUUCGCCAUAGCCGUAGCAAGUCUGGUGGGAAUGGUGGAGGUACUGGUGGCGGUGCUGGCGGUGGUAGUGGACGUGGCUCCAAACAGAAUUGGGUGGAGGCGUUAAUGUUUUCACUUGUUUCUUUGGUUUUUAAGAGAAGAGGCGUGCUUUUAUUAGCGCCUUUGUUGUAUAUUUCUGGGAUGAUGUUGUAUAUGGGAUCUUUGAGUUUUGACGUAGAUUUGAAUUUAAAGAAUGGCGGUGUUGUUGUACGGAAGCGUCCUCCGCCGGGGUCCGUGUACCGGAGUCCACAGGUUUUUAAGAAGCUGUGGCCGCAUAUGGAGGCUGAAGGCAAUGGAAGCCGCAAUGCGCUGAGGAGGGCGUGGGAUCCAAAACUGCGUGAACGUUGGAAGCCUUGUGGCAACAAGAAUAUUACUGAAACAGAAUUGCCAAAGUCUAAUGGUUUUCUUAUAAUUGAGGCUAAUGGUGGCUUGAAUCAACAACGUUUAUCGAUAUGCGAUGCAGUUGCUGUGGCAGGAUUACUGAAUGCUACUCUUGUAAUUCCAUUUUUUCAUUUGAACAGUGUCUGGCAAGAUUCCAGCAAAUUUGGAGACAUAUUUGAUGAAGAUUUCUUUAUACAUGCGCUUAAGAAUGAUGUGGAUGUAGUUCCAGAACUCCCAAGAGAAGUACUUGACCAGUUUGACAAUAAUAUAAGUAGUAUUGUAAAUUUGAGAGUAAAGGCGUGGUCCAGUCCAGCCUACUAUCUUCAGAAAGUGCUUCCAAAGCUGAUGCAGAUGCGGGCAGUUCGCAUUGCCCCUUUCUCCAAUAGACUGGCUCAAGCAGUUCCUCCAGAUAUCCAGAGGCUUAGAUGCUUAGCCAAUUUUGAAGCACUGAGGUUUUCAGAACCUAUAAGAACUCUUGCAGAGAAGAUGGUUGAUCGAAUGGUUAAGAAUAGCUCACAGAGUGGGGGCAAAUAUGUUUCUGUGCAUCUUCGGUUUGAAAUGGAUAUGGUUGCAUUUUCAUGCUGUGAGUAUGAUGGCGGGGAGGAAGAGAAACAUGAAAUGGAUAUUGCUAGAGAAAGAGGCUGGAGAGGAAAAUUCAGGAGAAGAGGUAGGGUAAUAACGCCAGGAGCAAAUCGUGUGGAUGGGAAAUGCCCUUUAACCCCACUAGAGGUGGGAAUGAUGCUUAGGGGCAUGGGUUUUUACAAUACCACCUCAGUUUAUGUUGCAGCAGGUAAUAUUUAUAAAGCGGACAAGUUUAUGGCUCCACUUAAACGGAUGUUUCCGCGUUUAGAAACAAAAGAUACACUAGCUACUACAGAAGAACUUGCUCCAUUUAAGGGCCACUCAUCUAGGUUGGCUGCUCUGGAUUAUACAGUUUGCCUGCACAGUGAAGUCUUUGUCACAACUCAAGGUGGAAAUUUUCCCCACUUUUUGAUGGGUCAUAGGCGUUAUUUGUAUGGAGGUCAUGCAAAGACGAUUAAACCUGACAAAAGAAAAUUGGCUCUCUUAUUUGAUAAGCCCAAUAUCAGAUGGGAAGUCUUCAAGCGACAGAUGCAAGAUAUGCAUCGACACAGUGAUGUCAAGGGAUCUGAAUUGAAAAAACCCAGUGGAUCACUUUACACAUUCCCUAUGCCUGAUUGCAUGUGUAAAUCACCCAAAGCAAGACAUGGAGACACCAAUAAGACAACAAAACUGAAGCUCUAGCCAGGUGAUAGUUUCUGGAGUUAUAGAAUUGUUAUACGUGUAAUUUUUUUGGUGUAUCAUGAAAAUUAACGAGCAGAAAAGAGUGUCAUUAGAUUUUAUUCUUUGAGAAGGGCUGGAGGAGAACAUUACAGGUUUAUUCAUCAAUGUUCAUUACCUCGCCUAUGAUUGGAAUGUUGUCCUCAAUUUCACUGUAAAUGAUGCAUUAAAAAAAAAAAAUUGUUAUUAGUUGGCAACAAAAUUGUUGGAAGUUUGGAUGGUAUCUCUCAAUUUAUAUUCA